AUGUCUGACGAGAGUGAAAUUAGAGAUGAAGAUGAAUCCAGUGGAAUGGUAAAACAAACUGAAACACAUGACGUUUACAUCAUGCCUGCAAAUGAUGGUGCUGUGACGGAUGAAGAUUCUGGCGAAGAAGAAAGCGUGGAUAUCUCUAAUCUUCCUGGAACACAGCUAACUGCUUUUGCAGUGUUAGAUUCCACAGUGUUGCAAGAUGAUGUAGAUGAAAAUGCUGAAAGACAAGCAUUCCAGGAAAAGAAAAUCAUAAAACUCAGAAAAUGGAAAGCACAGGAUCUCCCAGAAAAGACAAAUGUUCCAUGUUUCCCAUAUAAACCAUCAAUUGCUGAUAUUCCACAUAAGCCUAGUGAGACCCUUGAGCUUUUCUUGGAUGUAUUAGCUAUUGAUCACCUUGUGAAACAAACUGUAAACUAUGCAGUACAGAAUGGUAAACAUUCAUUUGCGCUGACAAGUGAUGAAAUGAAAACCUUCAUAGGAAUUUUGUUAGUGUCAGGCUACUGUUGCGUUCCAUGUCGCAGACUGUAUUGGCAGAGACAACCAGACGUGUACAAUGAGCUUAUUGCUGACUCCAUGCGCCGCGAUCGCUUUGAUGAGAUCAUGAAAUAUUUUCAUGCUGCCGACAACACAAAGCUUCCCAAAAAUGACAAGUAUGGCAAAGUUUCUCCCCUCAUGGAAAUCCUGAAUGGCAACUUUCUCAAGUACAGGGAAGUAUUUGGGCCAAUAAAUAUAUCCAUUGAUGAAUCAAUGAUACCUUAUUUUGGUCGGUAUCCCACAAAACAGUUCAUCAGGGGAAAACCUGUACGAUGGGGUUAUAAAGCAUGGGUUGGAGCUGAUCCAAAUGAUUAUGUUUUUUAUAUAUCUGUUUACCAAGGCAAAGAUGGUGCUAAAGAUAAGGCUAAAAGUUAUCCCUUUACUUUGAUAACUUCUUCACAUCCCUCAAACUUGUAG